AUGAAUCCCUCGGCUUUUCCAGGAAGUGCCGACCCCAUUAUGGUAGAGAAUUGGAUGCAAGAGAUUGAGAAGAUCCUAGAACUACUGCAUUGCAGUGACGAGCAGAAAGUUCUCUAUGUAACAUUUAAGCUGAUGGGUGAGGUCGAGCAAUGGUGGUCAAUAGUGAAGCUCUUGGAAAAGCAGAGGCCAGUUCCCGUAACACUGACCUGGGGACGUUUUAAAGAGAUUUUCUUCGACCAUUACUUCCCCUCCUCCGUUAGAGAUGCUAAGAUGGAGGAAAAAGCGCAGAGGUUCAAGAGAGAGCUGAGAUGGGAAAUAUAUAAGCAGCUGACAGUUUUGCAAGUGUGGGAUUUUUCGGAACUGGUGGAUAAAGCCACCAUAGCAGAGAUCAGUCGGCAGAGGGGUACAGGAGGACAGAGUCGAAGGAAGAGGCCCACGCCUCCUGGAUUUCAGGUGAGUAGCAGUCGGGGGCAGUCAAGGAGAUAUGAAGUGGGCCAGAAGCAGGAUUUGUCGGGGUUUCCUCCUAAUCGUGAAGUUGAAUUUGCGAUUGAUCUACCUCCAGGGACAAUUCCAAUCUUUAAGGCUUUGUACAGAAUGACUCCGGUGGAAUUGAAAGAAUUAAAAGAAUAG